UUUGUCUCCCACAUUAUCAUCCCAGCUUCAGAAUGCAAGCUACAACUGUCACAGUGCUGUCCUUGAUCAUCUUUGCACUGACUGCAGUGCUUUGUGAAGGACGAGUAGAUGGCAAAGCAGAGCGUUGUUUGUGCCAAAAGAAAGCACAGGAAAGGGUAAGACCUGCACUUUUGAAGACGUUCGAGAUAUACCCUCCAAGCGCCUCCUGUCCAGAUACUGAGAUCGUAUUAAUUCUGAAGCAAGGAAUGAAGGUCUGCCUGGAUCCAAAAGGAAACCAAGGACAGAAAAUCUUAAGUGGACAGAAGCCAAUGAAAAAGGCCAAGGGAUGGAGAGGCAAGAAGCAGAAGAACAAGCAGUAAAACUGAAAUUUACAGCUGAUUAUAACAAGAGAUGAUUCUUUAUUAGUCUGUGAUUAAAGUGAAUUUUACACGUGAUUGCUCAGCCUUUUCCUAUUACUGCUUCAUAUGUGAUUAUUCACUCAGUAUUAUAAUCUUGUUGUGUUCUCUGUUGUUUUAAAUGCAUUACUUUCCAGAGCAA